GAAAUUAUAACAUCUAGUAUAAAAAGGGGGUCAAAUGUAGAAUACCAUCGUUAACUUCCGUUUAACGAGGAUACCUUCAAAAUAAAUCCUUAGAAAGUAAACAAAACAAUACAAAAACACGUAAUGAAGCAAUUAAUAGAUACAAAUGUAUUCGGAAAAAGAAAAUAUGUCACAUUCAAUACACAAGUAGUAAGAAAGCAGUAUAUAAAGACAUAUAAAUAUUCAUUUGCGAAAAAUAAUGGUUUUAUUGAUUAAUAUUAAUCACAGACACACCGCUUUUCAUCAAUAUAAUACACUACUAAAAAUGUAAGUUAGGAUUAAAAGUAUCUACAUGGUUAUUAAAUAUUAAAAAUAGUAGUAUUCAAUAGUUUAUUUUGAGCGCAAAUAACAUAUUCAUUUUGUUUUAAAAUGGUCCAAGGAGUUUAUGACAGCAGUAUAUAAUUGAUGUGCAUAUCCCAGAAUCAACAACCAUGAUACAAGUACUUUUAGAUUUUAAAUGCAGGAAUAUUAUUUGUAAGAGUAGUGUUGCUACGUUGCUCACGUUAGUUGAACUCUAGCUAAAGCUUUUAUUUUGGAAAAUAAACCGAACCGGAUGUGUUUGUUGGCCAUUGCUCGCUUGGAGCGGCGGUAUGAAAAAAAUGGCCACCGUCGGAUUCGGUGAACUAUCGAUGGCGUUUUUAUUAAACUGUCCUUUUUAAUAACGAAAGCAAACGAGCGAACUAUGCGAGUCGUGCUGCUGCCGGCGGACAACCGCAGCUAACAGGCGCUAGCUUAGCUCGUCCACCGCCGUCGGAGGGGCUCUGCGUCCGGGGCUGAAGCAGAUGGGCUCCUCGGUGAAUUCGGGCUGAAAGGCGGAAGACUGCGCAUCAACACAUCGAGCCAGAGGCGCUACAGAGCUACAGCGAUUCACCCGACCACCCCCCGUUAAGGAGGCUGAUUCCCCAGAGAUGGCGAGCCGGAGGAAGUCCACCACCCCGUGCAUGGUCCCUGCCCGGGCCGCCGUGGACUCGGACCAGGAGAUGGACGACGUGGUCGGCGCCGCAGAGUCGCAGGAGUGCGACGGCGCCGAAGAGGUGGAGGAGGCCCCCCCGGACCACAGCCUGGAGCCCGGCGCCGCUGAGGGGGGCUACGAGUGCAAAUACUGCAGCUUCAGGACAUCGGAGCUCAACCUGUUCACGGUGCACGUGGACACGGAGCACCCGGACGUGGUCACCAACACCUCGUACGUCUGCAUGGAGUGUGACUACCACACCAAGAGUUACGACACGCUGCUGGCCCACAACGCUCGCCUCCACCCGGGCGAGGACAACUUCACCCGCACGAUGGUGAAGCGCCACAACGAGACGGUGUUCCAGCAGACGGUCAACGACCUCACCUUCGACGGCGGCUUCGUGAAGGUGGAGGCGGAGGAGGAGACGGAGGAGGAGACGUCCCGCAGCAGCAUCGCUCUGAGCAAGACGCCCAUCAUGAGGAUCAGGAGCCGUCCGGAGCACAAGAAGUUCGCCGCCCUGCACAGGAUGGCCCUCGACGACGUCAUCAAGGUGGAGAGCGGCGAGGAGGGGGAGGAGGAGCCGCCCACGCUGUCUCCCGUCCCGACCGCCGCCCCCCCGCGCCUCAUCCCCGUCUCCGCCCCGCUGCAGGUCCACGCCGUCCCACAGAGCAUCGUGGUCAACAGCUCCAACAUGCUGCAGUUCAGAGGGGGGUCAGGCGGCGGCGGGGGGGGUGGCGUGCUCCCCCCCGGGACGCUGGCCCAGGUGCUGUCGGCUCUGCAGAACCAGCAGAACUGCAGUCAGACGCAGCUCCUCAUCCCCAUCAGCAGCAUCCCCACCUACAACACGGCCAUGGACAACAACGUCCUGCUGGUCAGCGCCUACAACAGGUUUCCGUACCCUUCGGUCUCGGAGAUCAUGGGUUUGUCUUCGCAGACCAAGUUCAGCGAGGAGCAGAUCAAAGUUUGGUUCUCCGCCCAGCGGCUGAAGCACGGAGUGAGCUGGACGCCGGAGGAGGUGGAGGAGGCGAGGAGGAAGAAGUUCAACGGCACGGUGCAGACCGUCCCUCAGACCAUCACCGUCAUCCCCGCCAACAUCGCCGCGGCCGCCAACGGCCUCCAGUCCAUCUUCCAGACCUGCCAGAUCGUGGGCCAGCCGGGCCUCGUCCUCACGCAGGUGGGCGGCAGCGGGAGCGCCGUCCCGGUCUCGUCCCCCAUCACGCUGACGGUCGCGGGCGUCCCCGGCAACCAGCCCAAAGCCGCCGAGCCGGCGGCCACCGAGUCCAAGACGGAGAUGUCGGCCGGCGCGGCGCUCUCCCUGGACGCGGCGGCCAGGCCCAAGAAGUCCAAGGAGCAGCUGGCGGAGCUGAAGGCGAGCUACGGCCGCCGGCAGUUCGCCACGGAGGCGGAGAUAUCGCGGCUGAUGCAGGUCACCAGGCUCUCCAAGCGCGCCAUCAAGAAGUGGUUCAGCGACACGCGCUACAACCAGAGGAACUCCAAGGACCACCACGGCCUCCCGCUGGGCGAAGCCGCACCCGGCAGGGCGCCGGGGGGGGGGCGAGGGGGCGCGGGGAGGAACAGUGGGGGCCUCAACGACGGCGACGGCAACAACACCCCGGGCGCCGCCUCCACCUCCACCAUCGUCAUCGACUCCAGCGACGACGCCGCCAGCGACUGCUCCCCGAUGUCCGGAGCCGCCUCGUCCACCACCAACCCGCGGGUCAAGUUCCGCCACGCCUUCCCCGACUUCACGCCGCAGAGGUUCAAGGAGAAAACCCCGGAGCAGCUGCUCGUCCUGGAGGCCAGCUUCCAGAAAUCCGACACGCCCCCGGACGAGGAGCUGAGCCGGCUGCGCGCCGCCACCAAGCUGACGCGGCGCGAGGUGGACGCCUGGUUCACCGAGCGGCGGAAAAUGCCCGCCAAGGAGGAGGAGGACGAGGAGGACGAGGAGGAGGAGGGGGCCUCGUCCUCGACGCGAGAACGCCAGAGCACGCCGCCCUCCGGCAGGAAGGUGGUGAAGAAGACGCCGGAGCAGCUCCACAUCCUGAAGAAGGCCUUCGUCCGCUCGCAGUGGCCGACGUCAGAGGAGUACGACCAGAUGGCGGAGGACAGCGGCCUGCCGAGGAUCUACAUCGUCAACUGGUUCGGAGACACGCGCUACGCCUGCAAGAACAGCAACCUCAAGUGGUACUACCUGUACCAGAGCGGGAAGGUGGACGAGGCGCUGAACGGCGGCCUGAAGACCCCGAAGAAGUCCAGGAAGCGGUUCCGCGGUUGGUCCAGGAGGACGCGGCGGCCGUACCCCUGCAAACGCUCCCCACAAGAGGGCGCCGCCACCAUCAAGGUGAAGUCGGGGAAGUCGUUCCUGAAGGACUACUUCCUCAAGCACCGCGGCCUCAGCGAGAGAGACCUGGACGACCUGGUGACCAAAUCCAGCAUGAGCUACGAGCAGGUGAGGGACUGGUUCUCCCAGACCGCCACCAGGGUGGAGGAGGGCCGGGAGCCCUUCAGCGAGGAGGAGGAGGAGGAAGACGAAGAGGAAGAGGUGGAGGAGGAAGAGGUGGAGGAGGAGGGGGUGGAGGAGGAGGUGGAGGAGGAGGAGGAGGAUCCUGCAGACAAUGAAGGAGAGAUGGAGCUGAAAGAACAAGGAGAAGAAGCCACUGAAGAUGAGGAGGAGGAAGUGAUCCAGGAGGAGCCUCAAGGUGUCAGCCAAUCACAGCCCCCCGAGGAGCAGACAUGAGCUCAGAGUGUUUCCUGCCAUAGCAUCAUCGUUACCGUGGAGACGACGCGUGUCAGUGUUUCUCAGCUGGCGGUUCGGGAUCCAAAGAUGGCCACCAGAGGCAGAGACAGGAAGUCACGGCUCGGCUGGAGGAGCGUUUGGGUCCCGACGCGACUGAGAAGCACUGAGAUGAUGGAAGGGACUCAGCAGGAAGUUUCUUCCUGAGGACGACUUUAGGGACCAAUCACACGGCGCAGUGAGUUCAGCCUGCACGGACAACAAGGCUUUUAUUUUGGCGAGUACAACUGGGAUUUUGUGUCAUUGUUUUCUUACUCAAAAAAGUGUUUUUAAAGUGGAGGUGAGACCUCGCACGGUUUUUUCUCAAUAAUUAUAAAUAACUUCUUGCAGAAAGGACCAUUUUCUAAAGUGGACGUCUCAAAACAAUGAGAACAUAAAAAUUGUUUUAUCUGUGAAUAGACUGAAAUUAGUGCCAUUCUGUUUAUAAAUACUUGAUAUGAAUUAAAGAAAUCAGCGCUGGAUUGAAUUCCACAAUCCGUGUUUUGACUUUUUGUAUUUCUUUUUUUUGUGACAACUAAAUGAAAUGGAGACUGAAUCCAUGUCUUUUAUUCUGCUUUGAGUUCUUUUGAUGGUUUCCAUGUGAGCAGCGGUUUGGUUUCACUUUGUGAUUUUACCUCCAAACGAGGAAACACAACUAAAGGGAGAAAUCCACCUUAAAGUCAGAAAGAGCUUUUUUACUUUAAGUGUUUGGAAUCAGCUUUUAAAAAGGCAGCUGACAUAAUAUUCAGUUAUGUAUAAACUCCUCACCUACCGUUCAUACCGGUGUUGCACUAAUAAUUGUACAUUUACGCACUGCAUUCUGGGUACAGCUCACAACAAGAAGGAACUCUGUUGCUACAUGAAAACACAGGAGGACCAACCAGAGACCAGAGAUGCUCCAACAUUACCCACAAGCCUUUUGGGCUCAAUGAAUGAAUGUGUUUAAAUACCGUCACACACCUUCAGAAUCUCAAUACCUGGAUGUGGAUCUUGGUCCGUACGAUGCAGCCCGUUCAAACAUAUCGAUGAGCUCAGUGUCGCUAACGCUAACAGGCUGAAUAUGUUCUUCAGGUUGUUCCUCAUUUAACGGACGAAUCAUAAAUCAAGAAAGUUUAAUGCUUUUAAUGCUCAAAAGCAUUUUCAGAGUUUCUGAUCUGGUGGAAGAUGUUUUUUUAGGUGGAUUUUUCCUUUUAGCUCCUAGAACAAUAAAAACAAGGAUGUUACACAUUUCUUCAUUCAACCAACGAGCAGCAGUCAAAGGGAGAUGAAAUGGUUUUAUUUGUGUCCUCGUCCAAAAAGCUAAAAGGCGUUUGUGCUUCUUCAGGAAACCAACUUUACCUCCUGCGACUUUUACACUUUAACCUUUUAAUACCGAAUGCAUGAAAAGCUUCUCAGGCGCGUCUCGUUUUUGCCCCCAAAGUAAAAAACAAUUAAACAGCAAAUCAUAUCAAGGCGCGUUUAUCUGCUCAAAUAGGGGUGAACUAUGGAAACGACAUCAGGAGCUACAGAUGAUAUUUUAGCGACACAGAACUUUGUAACUUUUCAUAUGGGGGGGGGCAGCUUGUGUUUUUCUUUCUUCUGUCACAUCAACAACAAUCAGCAUCUUUUGAAUUUAUUUAUUAACAUUUGUAUUUCUACACUGAAUAAAAAGUCUGUAUCCAAAACAAUUUGACGGUUUUAUGAAUCUCUAACAUUAUCCUGCCUAUAGAUGCUUCAAGACUUGGGUCAUGUGACCAUCAGGGGUCACCUGACCCUCAGAUGAGGGAGAAUCCGAGGCAAUAUGCCGCUUCGACUUGAUUCAUUUGACGUUUCCAGCAGCAAUGGAUGAA